UGCAAAGUGUGCACUGAGCUGUGGCAGAAUGGGUCAACGCUGUGCCUGAAAUGCAUGGAGGAGCCUGUGUACACAGGUUUUGGGUUUGUGAUUGUGAAAAAAUUGUCACUUUUAUUAUUGUGUGAUUGCUCCUUUUUAUGCAAUUUGUAAGUUAUUUUUAUUUUUAUUGUCAUACGUACCAUCAUGUGUUUUUCUUUUAAUAAAUGUUUUUUGUAUUCAGGAAAAAACUAAAAGGCUGUUCUUUGGAACUGUGUAUUUCAUGGCUAACAAUGCUGGACAGCUAACACACUCACACACUCACAGGACUCGUACCACCAUCAGCCUCUCUCCCAGUGCUCUACCCCACUAAGGUGUUGUUUUACUUCGAGCAUGUCUCUACCAGACCACAGCAGUCGCAGGACAACAUUCCUAUGAAUGAUGUCAUGGUUUUGUUCAUUUACAGUAUGUGCAGUAUGUAGUUGCCACAUCUUGACCGACUUGUGGCAGUAAUAUUCGUAUAGGCCAAUGGACCUCAACCAAAUGACUUUAAUUAAUUACUCUGGGGAUUGUAGAACACAAUAGAAUAACAUUUGGCGCAUCCACAGAGAGUCAGAAAUUAUUCUGUACUCUGACAAACAUACGUCUGGGCCACACUUCUUCUAUUGACCCCUGUGGUCUGAGCCAGUGACAGUCUACUGUACAUUUCCACCUGUUCACCCACCUGGACAUCUGUGUCUCCCAUCUUAAUGGAAUGGAUACCAUGAAGAUAAAUGUAUAGUAUAAUGUGUAGAACUAUGUGCAUGAACAAGGACUGCCAGUUUUAGAACUGAAGGAGCUGUUAAUGUGUCUAAAAACGCUGGUAAAACAGCACAUGGUUGUUUGGGUCAUUUUCCCAGCUUUUACUCUCUUUACUCUGGUGGGGAAAUCAAACUGUACGUACACAGACCUGAGUUGAAAAUGGAGAAGGAAUCACUGAUGAUUUAUCAGUAAACACAACGGAAAUGCGCAAUAACAUACACAACCCCUAAGGACAAUCACCGGUUCAGACUCAGCGAUUAUGUGAUUAUGUUUGUGACCUGCUGCUGGAAGAAUCAAAUGUUCAGCCAGUCUCUACUCCAGUUACUGUCUGUGGAGAUAUUCAUGGUCAGUUUUAUGAUCUCUGCGAGCUCUUUAGAACUGGAGGCCAAGUUCCAGACACAAAUUACAUUUUCAUGGGUGACUUUGUGGAUAGAGGAUAUUAUAGUUUGGAGACGUUUACACACCUUCUAGUCUUAAAGGCAAAGUGGCCAGAUCGGAUUACACUUCUACGAGGAAAUCAUGAAAGCAGACAGAUAACUCAAGUGUAUGGCUUUUAUGAUGAGUGCCAAACUAAAUAUGGGAAUGCAAAUGCCUGGCGGUAUUGCACAAAAGUGUUUGACAUGCUGACUGUGGCAGCUCUGAUAGAUGAGCAGGUGCUUUGUGUUCAUGGUGGCCUUUCACCCGACAUAAAGACUUUGGAUCAGAUCCGCACCAUUGAACGCAACCAAGAGAUUCCCCACAAGGGAGCGUUCUGUGAUCUUGUGUGGUCAGACCCCGAGGACGUGGACACCUGGGCCAUCAGUCCACGGGGGGCUGGCUGGCUGUUUGGCUCCAAGGUUACUAACGAGUUUGUUCACAUUAACAACCUGAAGCUCAUCUGUCGUGCACAUCAGCUGGUCCACGAAGGUUACAAGUUCAUGUUCGACGAGAAGCUGGUGACUGUGUGGUCGGCGCCAAACUACUGCUACCGGUGUGGAAACAUCGCGUCUAUCAUGGUCUUCAAGGAUGUCAACAGGCGGGAGCCCAAGCUGUUUCGUGCCGUCCCUGACUCUGAGCGCGUCAUACCUCCCCGAACAACCACACCCUACUUCCUUUAGGGCUGCCUCACUGCUCUCUUGGCCUUUGGAUCUCUGCUCUGAUUUAUAUGCAACACCUUUUAGGAAUUCAACGUCUCUUACAGAUUUGCAGCAUUCACUUUGGGCCAGCCUUACUUAUUUUUAUCAUGAAGUUAAAAACUCAUCUCUUCCCAACAAGAACAUUAUACUGUUUCGUUUCACUCUUUCAUUUUAAGAAAAUUGCAAAAACUUAAAUUUUGAUUUUGUAUAUUUGGUGCGUGGAUAGUGCCAAUAUACUGUUAAAGCGAUGCCUUUCUCUAGGUUUGAUGGUAGAUGUUUAAUAUCAUGCUUCAUUUUGUUUAAGUUUCUUUUUGCUGAAAACCGUUGAUAUUCACGUCACGUCAGAUGUUACUGUGCUAAGUCAACAACUCAAUAGCUGAUCUAAUUUGUAAUUGUAAUUUAUUUAUUUUACAGUAUCCUACAUGACGUUUGUGUUAUGACAAACAUCCACAGGUCUGAAUAAAACAUGAAACUACCAUUUCCUCA